CGCGAGGAGACAUCAUGGCGGGAUUCAUGAAAUCCGAAAGUGGGUUCAAAACAAAAACUGUUAGAGUAUUUGUUAGCUUAACUACUGCGUUGCUUUUCCUUCUGUUUUUUGUGCAGAUGUCAGGUGCCACCCGCCCUAUCAUAGAAAUUAAAGAUGGACAAGAGAUCAAAACACAAAGCGCCCAGCAUUUUUGCUACAAUAAUAGCAUCACACCUGGAUGGGGGGAAGCAUGGACUAGAAUACAGGUGAAAGUAUGGAGCACCACAAAACUGAAAGUGACUGUAGUAAAUGAUGAGCAGGAUCUGCUGGAGCUUGAGCAUUUCAGCAUCUGGAAACUCAUGCAGUACUUCAUUCGAGAACAGACUAAUGAGACCACCGUGAGCAUCAGUCUCUUUAGCAACAAGACCUGUUUCCGAGUGGACCCCUCAGACUCCCGGACACUCUACACAGUACAUCCCAGUCGACAUUUUGAUAUCUAUCUAAUUGUGGUGUUUGUGGCUGGAGUGCUUCUGUUCUUCUAUGCAGACACGCUCAGUAGGAGUCAAGUAUUCUACUACUCGGCAGGCAUGAGCACUGGCAUGAUUGCCUCCCUCCUCAUCCUCAUCUUUGUGAUUAGCCGUUUUUUACCCAAGAAAAGCCCUUUCUAUGUGCUGGUGAUGGGAGGCUGGUCUUUUUCGCUCUACAUCAUCCAGCUGGUAUUUCGGAACCUGCAGCUAAUUCUGAAAGAACACUGGCAUCUGGUCAUCGGUUAUGUACUUGUUGUCGGGUUCAUCAGUUUUGCAGUGUGUUACCGUUAUGGCCCCCUUGCGGAGGAACGAAGUAUCAACAUACUGUCCUGGACGUUACAGAUAUUUGGCCUUUUGCUGGUGUACGCUGGUAUUCAGGUCCAGCAAGUGGCUUUUGCUAUCAUAGUGGCAGCAUUCUGCUCCAAGAACAUGGAGUACCCUUUUUCCAUGGCUCUCCAGCUGUAUCAGAAACUGAAGCCAAAGAAACUAGAACCACGACGAUUGCUGACCGAAGAGGAGUAUCAGAGACAAGGGGAAUUAGAGACUCAGAAAGCUCUAGAAGAACUGAGAAAUUACUGCGGCAGUCCAGAGUUAAACACGUGGAAGACUGUCUCUAGACUCCAGUCUCCUAAAAGGUUUGCUGACUUCAUUGAGGGCUCUCCACAUCUGCUGUCCAAUGAGGUCUCCGUUCACACCCAGGAGUACGGGCUGGGCGGAUCAUUCUUCGAGGAUGAGCUGUUUUCCACUGAUGAAGAAGAUCAGCCGGAGGAGGAAGACGGAUGGGAAACAGACGACGAUGUGAAGACCAAGGUCAAUUCUCCACGAUGGAACAAUACACGAGUGAUGAAAUGAUGGCAUUGGAAAAGUUUUGAAGUAUUUAAGCAGAUGGAGCCUGAAACAUUUACUGUUAUUCUGUAGGUAACUGUUGGAGGCUUUCACUCAUGACUGCACAGUGCAGACACUCGAGUUGGUGUGAAAAUCCAAACACUUCUGUCUUUGAUCCACUUCCGUUUGUAACGGAUGAUUAAUGGAGCAAAAACUGUUCAGAGGAUGCCCUUAGCAUUUUAUUUUCUCAAGAGAAUGGCCAACAGUUGUUUAAUUUCCUCUUUCUUGACCAGAAAAAAAAAAGAAGAAAAGCAAUUUUUUAUUUUUCUUAAAUCUUCAAACAAGGAAUUUUUUAAUAAAAAAAUAAACAUUCUCUCAUCAUCUACUCACCCUCAUGUUGUUCCAUACCAGUGUAACUGACUUCCAUGGAACACAAAAGGAGAUUUUGUGCAGAAUGUUAGCCUCAGUCACCAUUUACUUUCACUGUAAGGAAAAAAGGAUACAAAGAAGGUAAAUGUAACAUCUCCUUAUUUGUUCCAUAAAAGAAAAUAAGUCAUAUGUGUUUGGAACAACAUUAGGGUGAUUACAUGUUGACAGAAUUUUCAUUUUUGCUUGAAAUAACCCUUUAAGACGAAUCUUAAGACUUUUUCGACCUCCUGUGUGAGGAGGAAGACCAAAAUCUGUCACUUUGGAUGCUGCCUUGUUACGUGGUUUUUAUUUUAUGUUUUGUUUUUAUGUUUAUACUAUGGCCCAGUUA